UGCCAAUACUUUGCGGUCACUUCCGGAGCGCGUGCGCCGCCGCUAGCUUAGCGUCACGUCCUCGUCGAAUGGCGCGGCGGGACCCGGAUGUUGAUUGCCUCGCCGCGGUGGUUUGAGAGUUGGGGCAGCGGCGGCUGCGUGAGGACUCAGAGCCAUAAUGUCAAAACGCAAGGUGACCUUUGAGGACCAAGGCGAUGAGGAUGAGGAGGAAAUGAACUUGCCAAAAAAGAAGCUGGUGGAACCUGCAGUUGGAGGACCAGGCAGCCGCUUUAAGGGCAAGCACUCAUUGGACAGUGAUGAGGAGGAUGAUGAGGAGGAAGGGCGAGGCAGCAAAUAUGACAUCCUUGCAUCAGAUGAUGUAGAAGGGCAGGAAUCUGCAACUAUUGACUAUGAAGAUGGUGUCCGGAUCACUCCAUUCAAUUUGCAGGAGGAGAUGGAAGAAGGCCAUUUUGAUUCAGAAGGCAACUACUUCUUGAAGAAAGAGGCGAUGAUUCGGGAUAACUGGUUGGACAAUAUAGACUGGGUCAGGAUAAAGGAGCAGCGUCCUGGUCAGAAGAAGCCACCGCUAGAUUCUGCCGAGGAAGACGAGGAAGAGGAUCUUGAAGUCGGACGGGCACCUUUGGACAAGAAGACGCUGCUGGAAGGGAUGGUGGCCUUGGUGCUACCUGGCGAGACAGUGGCCAGGGCCAUCCAGAGGCUCGGAGACAAGGGCGGGCCCAAGAACAGCGGGCGCCAGCGGAGGCCUUGGAGCCGCCUCAAGGCAGAGGAGCCAGAGCCAGCCGAGGAAGGAGAGCCCCAGAAGCCCGGGUCGCCAGAACGGAAAGAGCAGCUGGAGCGCCUCUCGGGGCUGGCUGACCAAAUGGUGGCGCGAGGCGUGUAUGAGAUCUACCAGGAGACCCGGGAGAAGCUGGCACUGAGGCUCCGGGCGCUGGAACAACCUCCCGCAGCAUCAUCCGCAGCCGAACCGGAACUCGACAUGUUUGCUGAGGAUAUUGAUGAAGCGAAACUGGGGGAGAAGACACCAGCAGUGGGAAGUGAGGAGCAAAAGCAGGGCGACGACAACGCUCUUUCCGAGGUCAUGUGGGAAUACAAAUGGGAGAACACAAACACGUCCGAACUCUAUGGCCCCUUUAGCAGCUCCCAGAUGCAGGACUGGGUAUCCCAAGGCUAUUUCCCCGAUGGGGUUUACUGCCGGAAGGUGGAGAAUUCCGAGGGCCAGUUCUACAAUUCCAAGCGCAUUGAUUUUGACCUCUACACGUGAUCGGAACCCGCCUCCUGCCCCACAUAACACAAGAGAUGCAACUCAACACAGCGGCGGACUGAAAGAACUUGCCGGACUUUAGGGGGUGGGGGCCAGGGGAGGAGAGGCGUGUGUGUGUUUGUGUGCGUGUGUUUGCAGAGGGAAAGAGGGAGAGGUUUGAUUUGCCAUCACAUUCUGAGGUUGCUUUGCAUUUUGUGAGAAAUAAAAAGAAUCAACCUUAAA